AUGAGUUCUGGAAGUGAGGCAUUGGCCGAACGGAAGUUAAUUGCUACAAUUGCUGAUGAGGAUACAGUAACUGGAUUACUUCUAGCAGGAAUUGGACAAGUUUCGAACGAGCCAGGUAAAAGUACCAAUUUUUUAACCGUCAUACCGGGAAAGACAACUACAGACGAUAUUGAUGAGGCAUUCGACACUUUUACAAAGGACAGGAAUGAUAUCGCUAUUUUGCUAAUCAACCAGCACUUGGCGGAUUUGAUAAGGUAUAAAGUUGAUGGCUAUACAAACGCCUUCCCGGCAAUUUUGGAGAUUCCUUCGAAAGACCACCCUUAUGAUCCAGAGAAGGAUUCAAUCUUGAAAAAGGUAAGGAGGUUAUUUGGUGAGUGA